AUGGCACCUUCGUUUGAAGAACCCCUCACGGAGGCUUUAGAGACCCCGCUGAAGAACAAACCUGAACUCGUUGCACCUGAGCCUGAGCAUUGUCCCGGGCCUGAAUCAGAGCAAGCAGGCAAAGGCGACGCCUGCGCAGGAUGCCCGAAUCAGGCCAUUUGCGCUUCUGCGCCAAAGGGUCCGGACCCUGACAUCCCCCUCAUAACCGAAAGGCUGGCUGGAAUAAGGCAUAAGAUCUUGGUCCUAUCUGGAAAAGGAGGCGUUGGCAAAUCAACAUUUUCAUCCCUGUUAUCACACGCAUUUGCCGCGAACCCGGAUUCUACUGUUGGCAUCAUGGACACAGAUAUCUGCGGACCUUCAAUACCAAAAAUGAUGGGCGUUGAAAGUGAGACAAUACAUGUGAGCAACGCAGGCUGGAGUCCCGUUUGGGUCACCGAUAAUCUGGGAGUCAUGAGCGUACAAUUCAUGCUGCCAAACCGAGAUGACGCAGUCAUUUGGCGUGGGCCCAAGAAAAAUGGCUUGAUUAAACAAUUCCUGAAGGAUGUGGAAUGGGGAGAUCUCGACUAUUUGAUCGUCGACACCCCCCCCGGAACUUCCGACGAGCAUUUGUCUGUUAAUUCAUUCUUGAAGGAGUCAGGUGUGGAUGGUGCUGUCGUGGUGACGACUCCCCAGGAAGUGGCCUUACUGGAUGUGAGGAAAGAAAUCGAUUUCUGCCGAAAAGCAGGCAUUAGGGUUUUAGGACUUGUGGAGAAUAUGUCUGGUUUUGUCUGUCCCAAGUGUACCCACGAGUCUCAGAUAUUCCGAGCCACCACAGGAGGUGGGAAGAAGCUCUGUGAAGACAUGGGUAUCCCGUUCCUCGGAGCGGUUCCUCUUGACCCACGCAUUGGUAUGGCAUGUGACUUCGGUGAAAGUUUCAUGGACAGCUACCCCGAUAGCCCGGCUUGCAAAGCAUUACGACAGGUGGUCCGGUCUGUGGGCAAGUUGGUCGGCGAAGACCCCGAUGAAGUUCUGCCUGAUGGACCGAUUUGA